AUGUUCCUUAAGGCAACUCCUCAAAGCAUUGCUGUAAAUAUUUCUUGGCCAAGACAAGAAGGUGAAGGUAGAUUUAAAACACCUACGGCAUUGCAAUUUGAUGAAGAUUAUAGUAAUAAUACAAGUUGGGAUAUUCGGCAUUGGUAG